CGCUUCGAAUCAUUUUGAUCGCGAACUUUUUUCCAACAUGGCGUCUGAUAAUGAUAGUCUCGUGGAAGAAGUAUUUGAAGUGGAAGUUUUGUUAGAUCAAGAUCUCCUUAAUUUGUUGAAAUCGUUCGAUCUGUCUAAUCUGGCCAUUGAUCAAUUCAUCACAAACGGCUACGACGUUGCUUCCUUGAAAAUAAUUGAGCGAGAGGAAAUCGAAGCCCUACUCUCGCAGCCUUUGCUGGCGGAUAGAACGAAAUCCAUUAAUGGACUGAACAAAUGGCGAUUGUCGCAGGGGUUGCAACCGGUAACGCGGCCGCUGAAAGAAAAUAACGCAAGUGAUGUUUCGCCCAAGAACGCGUCUUCAUUAAGGAAUCCCUUGAAUGCUUGUUCGAGAAAUGAAUGGACUUCUGAAAAGUUAAUCUGCCGAUCGAAAAAAGGAAUCGAAAUAUUGGAGAAGUUUAAAACCACCAACAUUCUGUCCAAGAGGGACAGGGUUUUCAUCACACACCUUAUUGUCGACGAAUUUGUUAUUGAAUUCGGCAAACUGACCCGAGAAGAGCUCUCGAGAAGAUCUGCGGAGCUAUCAGUUCUUUUCUCGACAAUUGACCAGCAUAUCUGGUAUCAACCCUCAAUUCACCGUGACGCAAAUGGCAACAAAGUAAAAUUGGGACGUGUUGCGAAAGGAUGUUUAUACGAUCGAAACAACAACUGUCUUACCGGUAAUAACUCGGUGAAAAAGUUCACGAAAACCUCACCGCCGUGCUCCGUUCAUCAGGACAAUUCGUCUGUGCCACUCGGAGAAAGCAUCACUGAAGCAGCAGUUACUGCGUACGAGGAAACAAAGAGGUGGUUCAAACACCAUCACGACGAAUGGGAAGCACUAAAAAAGCGUUGGACGGCAACCAGUGUUAUUCGUUUGUAUGAAAUAGGCAAACAGAAACAGUCGUCGUUUCAGUGCAUUUUGGAAGAGUAUCCGGUGCUCCGAUCAUGUGAUGGUUACCAGCUUGUUAAAAUAGACUUCUGCCAGAAAUAUCCUGCAAAAUCAGAUCUACUAUUUAAUCGUUUCCUGGAUUUCCGCACCCGUGCACAAGUGGUUUUCUGCAGUGAAGCGUCACCGCAGUGCAAACCGCUGUGUGAUUUCCUACAGGAAAAUUUAACUGAUGAUUCACGUGAUUGCAUAACAACGCUGCUUAUCUUCUACAUCUGGCCAAGUACAUUCAUGCGCCUUCCAAACGGAACAAAGUGGAAGCCAUCGCACCGGGAAGUGGCUGAAAGUUCCAUAAUCUUCCUGAAAUCUUUAAUCGACUUUGAGACGGAACUAUCACGGCUCAGCAAUCAGAACAGGAAAAGAGGUUUGCCCGACUAUCCCGUUAUUGUCGUAGUCGGGGAGGGAAUCACGAGUGUCGGCCAAUUCUUCGUAUGUUUCAAAGAUAUCGCGUAUAAAGCUGAGACCUUUUUAAAAGCUGUGGACAUAACCUUUAAGAUCUACACUGCUUAUGGAAUAGCGUUCCCACCAGAGGCAACAGGGCCUUGGCAGUUUAUUGCAAGCUAUUUAUACGACUUUGAAAUACCUGACGACUGCCAUAGAGCCAGGAUCCUCACACUCACAUCAACCCUUCGUAACCAUCUCACUCCAGCGUUGGCUUCAACAUGAUCACAUGUUUCAUUCCCGGCUGCAGCUGGAAGGCAACGUGCCCAGCACUUUACAGCUUGCACCUACGACGACUGCAUGAGCCGAUCGAUGUUUAUACGUGUUCGGAGCAUAACUGUGGAAGAAGAUUCAAUGUGAGAUGUUCUUAUAUUAAUCACAUUAAAAAACAUAUGAGAAAUAACGUUGAGAGUAGAAAGCAUAGAGAACAUAGGAUCACUGUAGGUGAAUUGAAUCCAAUAGAAUUUGAAACAGAUAAUACUAAUGAUAGUAUAAGUACAAUAGAAGUCGUCGAACAAGAAGAGAAAGAUGAUCAAAAUGAACCGAGAGAACUAAUAUCCAUUGAAAAGCUAUCUCAGGAAUUCGGACGUUUGAGUGUAGGAUUCAAUUUGAAAUGGUUAAACAAAAGUUCUGUUACUCGUAAGCUAGUUUUUGAAUUUCAAGAAGAUGUCCGUGACAAUAUUUUAAAGCCAAUUCAGGAUGUCGUAGAAAUAAUGUCUGAGUCGGGGCUCAUUUCGACGUUAGCAAAAAAUGCUUUAUCUUCAAUGUUUUCGAUGUUUUCGAAUGUACAAUCAGAAUAUCAAUUCGUUCGUCAAUUAAAAGCAAUGCAACUGUAUGAAGAUCCCAUUAUCUUUACUAUCAGUAAUGAAUUGAGACCAGGAGUGAUUCACCAUAAACUUGAUA